CCAUUACACAGCGCAUUGUUCUUUCCUGCGUCAGAACCUUUUGCCCCACUUUCUCUCUCUUUCUUCAGACAUUCUCAUCCUCUUCACCUUGUUUUCUGCAAAGUGCAAACCACUUCCAAUUCCAGAUUAAAACUUGAAGUUUUUGCAGUUUCAAUUUCACAAGAAUUACUUAUAUUUGGGGAAUUAUUGAAAUCUAUGGAGUCAAAGGCGCCACCUUGUCAUCCUACUUAUGAUUUGAAGGCUGUCAUCAAACUUGCUCUUGCUGAAGAUUCUGCUGAUAAAGGGGAUGUGACAUCUAUGGCCACAAUACCGGCUCAAAUGGAAGUGGAAGCCCAAUUUUUGGCAAAAGAGGAUGGAAUUAUUGCAGGUAUUGCCCUUGCAGAAAUGAUAUUCCAUGAGGUGGAUCCUUCCCUAAAGGUGGAAUGGUGCCAGAAGGAUGGGGAUCAUGUUCAUAAAGGGCUGAGAUUGGGGAAAGUGUAUGGAAGAGCACAUAGUAUCGUAGUUGCUGAAAGAGUGGUUCUGAAUUUUAUGCAAAGGAUGAGUGGGAUUGCAACCCUGACCAAGGCAAUGGCUGAUGCUGCAAGUCCUGCUGUUAUUCUGGAAACUAGAAAGACAGCUCCAGGUUUACGCUUGGUGGAUAAGUGGGCGGUUCUAAUUGGUGGAGGGAAGAAUCACAGGCUUGGUUUGUUUGACAUGGUGUUGAUAAAAGAUAAUCACGUCUCAAUAGCAGGAGGUAUCACAAAAGCCCUGAAGUCCACAGACCAUUAUUUACUGCAGAAUAAUAUCCAGAUGGAGGUUGAGGUAGAGACCAGAACCCUGGAGGAAGUUAAGGAGGUGUUAGAGUAUGCAUCCCAGAAUAAGACUUCCUUGACGCGGAUCAUGUUGGAUAACAUGGUUAUCCCACAAUCUAAUGGAGAUGUUGAUGUUUCCAUGCUUAGAGAAGCUGUCAGAAUGAUUGAUGGUAGAUUUGAAACUGAGGCAUCUGGAAAUGUUACACUUGACACAGUACACCAAAUUGGACAGACGGGUGUGACCUAUAUUUCUAGUGGUGCUUUGACACAUUCAGUGAGAGCACUAGACAUCUCCCUUAAAAUUGACACAGAGCUCGCACUUGAAGUUGGGAGGCGUACAAACCGCGCAUGAUCUGUAGCCUUGGGAAUUGGUAUGUGGUGAAAUUUACCUCCACCCUAUUUUUACGAAACAACUUUCAGUUCCUGCUAAUAAAUGUCAUGAACGCUGACCAAAGAGCAAAGUGCCCUUUGUUUACUUGAUACCCUUGAUUAUACAGUUAUACUGCACUAAUAACAUGUAGUUCAGUCCUUGUAUCCGUACAUAAUAACAUUGCUGAUGCUCAUCGUAAGAUGCUGUCUUCACUAUGCUUCCCCAUUCUCCCUUUCACAGUACGACUGUUUUACCUAGACUCCACCAUUUGCAGCCUCAUACUAGUUCAUAGUGUGUACGACUAUACACACUUUGGCGGAGCUUGAUGGUGCUUAAUACUCCGUAUACCGCCCCUCUCAUGUCUCUCUCUACAAAAAUUCUGUUAUUUGGCAUUCUUGUAUCUUGUUGGUUUGAUUCUGUACGGAAUGACUAUUGAGCAGUUUUGAUUUUACAUAAUAAACUAAUAUAGUGAUUUUAAUUUC